AUGUUACUGCUACUACUACUGACUUUUGGAUGGUGGCACAUCGAAGAUUAUGUUACGGUACAGUUCACUGCUGAAAUACAGGUAUUGCACACCCUUCCUCUCGGCAUGCAUUCUGCUUCGACAUUCCGUUUCUUGAAGGUGUAUACAAAUGACGUCAAUGGAGGAUGUGACUCAGGUCGCAGGGAGGAGAUGGACGCGAGAAACACGAGGGAGACACCUCCUUUUUUGGCUGCCACUACUGCUUAUACUGAAGUCUAUGCGGUAUAUACUGCCAAGCUCAAGAUGGAGCGCGCGAACCUGUUCGGCAUGUGGGAGCGUGUUCUCGUAUUAGCUCUACGCCAACACUGGUCGAUUACGGCAGACUAG